AUGGAUUACCUGGAGUUGACGUCUCCAAGCUAUCAAUUACGAAAAAUCCCUCCCCCAGCAAACUCACUCCCCCAGAAAAACUCGUUUUCGGGUCGACAUUCACUGGCAAACCACAUGCUUAUGGUAAAAUGGAAUACCAAGGAUGGCUGGUUGUCUCCAAGCAUCGUUCCCUUUCAAAACCUCAGUCUCAAUCCUGCGACCUGCGUUUUCCAUUACGCGUUUGAGUGUUUUGAGGGAAUGAAGGCAUACAAAGACAAGGAUGGUGGCAUCCGGUUAUUCAGACCAGAUAUGAAUAUGGCACGAUUAAAUAGAUCAUCGAAGCGUAUCGCGCUUCCAACACUCGAUGAAGAUGCUGCGAUAAAGCUCAUCAGUGAGCUUGUUAAAUUAGACAGCAGAUUUAUCCCCCAAACUCGUGGUUAUUCGUUGUAUCUAAGACCCACAAUGAUUGGUACGCAGGAGACGUUGGGUGUUAGCGCUCCUUCCUCUGCCCUGCUCUUCGUCAUUGCUAGCCCUGUUGGUCCUUACUACCCAACCGGCUUCAAGGCUAUUUCUCUAGAGGCAACAGAUUACGCGGUUCGUGCAUGGCCUGGCGGAGUCGGGGACAAAAAGCUGGGUGCAAAUUAUGCUCCAUGCAUUGUCCCUCAGACCGAAGCGGCAAAGAAAGGCCACCAACAGAAUCUGUGGCUAUUCGGAGAAGAGGAGUACGUCACGGAGGUUGGGACCAUGAAUCUUUUUGUUGCGUUAAAAAACAAAGAAACUAGGCAAAAUGAACUCAUCACGGCUCCGCUGGAUGGAACGAUUUUGGAGGGAGUCACCAGAGAUUCAGUCCUCACUCUUGCCCGGGAGAGACUGGGCCCCAGAGGUUGGACGAUAUCAGAGCGUAAGUUGACAAUGUCGGAAAUUGCCCAAGCUGCUGAUGAGGGUAGGAUGAUCGAGGUAUUCGGAGCAGGGACUGCGGCGAUUGUUAGUCCCGUCCGCACCAUCAGCUGGAAAGGACGUACGGUGGAUUGUGGUUUGAAAGAAAAUGAAGAAGCCGGAAAAGUAGCUCUCGAGAUGAAGAACUGGAUUGAAGGGAUUCAGUAUGGAGACGAAAAACAUAGUUGGAGGAAGGUCCCAAACGAAUGUUCCAUCAGUCUGCAGAAUCCAAUGCAUGGGCCCAGAGUGUCCAUCUGUUCGCAGUUCGCGACGAGCCACAACAAGGUCAAGGGUCAAUGGUCACAGAGGAUGGAAUCGUGGAACUAA